AUGAAAUACAAAAAUGAGCUUUUUUUAGCCACACCAAGAAAAACUAUCGACCCGAAUUCGUCCCAUUACCGUUUUCAAAACGACCCAUCGACCGAAACCGACAGCUCGACGGUAGACCGACCCUGUGACGGGCGGCUUUUCGCCCGAAACCGCUCCACCGGAUCCUCGCAUAAAAAGCCCAAACGCGACGAAACGGGGCACAUUUUCACAACACCAACCACAGAAAAUAUAAUGUACUACGCGAAUUUGCGGCUAUGCGACCACCUCAUCCCGUAUCUAACGGGUUUCAAUGCGAACCAGGGCGUGAUGUCGCCCGGCUACGCCCUGCAGACCGUCGUGUUGGGCGCCACCGUGGUCCUGGCGGUGCUGGUGAUAGGAUUCCUGGUCAUCUUGGACAGGAUGAGGAUGACGAGCGUGGUCCGAGCGAGGAGGUUUUCCGAGCCGACGGCCGCCGAGAACGUCCUCGCGGCGCUGGGAAAGUACGAAAAUUUCGGGAAAACCGGUGCCAGUUGA